CGCCUUUUGCCGAGAAGGUAUACAACGCCGCGCCUACCCACUCGAGCCGCCAAACGACCUCCAGCCAGAUCAGAGAAUCUCCAAGGAGAACAGGAAAACUCUAGUCAGGAUGCCCGGUCGCGGGCUUGCGCUAUGGGUGGCGUCAUUUGCCGCCGUACGUAUGGCCGCUUCGGCAGCUCUCAUGAAUGACUUGUUUAUGCGGCAGUCAUCUUGCGCCCCAAACUUCAACGAGUGCAAGAACGCCGACUUUCCGCCAUAUUUUUGCUGCGGCUCAGGCCAGAGCUGCAUCGCCCUCGCUGGAAACACCACAGUCCUCUGCUGCCCAAACGGCGCCCGCUGCCAGCGACUACAGCCAAUACCAUGUGACAUAUCGUUGCAGGACGGCGAGAAAUACCCCGAUGCGGUCGUGAAGACGACUGCGCUGCGGGGCACCUUGGGCCGAUGCGGCGCACAGUGUUGUCCGUUUGGAUACUCGUGCAAAAGCGACGAGUGCAUCAUGGACGUGGAUCAAAACGCGGUGCCGAUCCAAACGGCGAAACCAAACCCCACAAGCACCGCUAGUUCCAAGACGAGUGCCCCUACAGAUGCCGGGUCGAGUCAGACGCCAGACUCUACCAAUGGUGCCGACGACUCCUCUUCCGACCAGGAGAGCGGUUCUAACGGCGGCCCACCGAUCGCAGCUAUUGCCGGUGGUGCAGCAGGAGGAGCUGUCAUCCUCAUUGGCGCCGCUGUGCUCGCCUUCAUUUUCCUAAGGAAGAAGAAGAAUGCGAGCGAGUCGGGAAGCCCUUCGAAAUUCUCACGUUCGACAUCAUCUUUCGGAAACUUGAUUAGCGGCCCGAUCGUCGCGGAAGACACCACCUUACGGAGCGAUUUUGCCCGGGUCAGCCCGCGGCAGACGAGCGAGGAUCCCGCCUCCGUAACAGCAGCUCUCAUAGAUUCCUCGGUAACCUCGCCAGAGUCGGGCGCUGGGGUGUUGGCUGCUCCGCCGACCGCGGCCCAAAAGCCAGAGAGACAGAGUAGUGCUCCAUACGGCUCAUUCGAGCCCUCGGCGUACGUCGACAUGCCGUAUGCCGACUACGACAGCGGCGGACUGAUGCCGCACAACCCACAGCAGAAUCGCGAGCCCAGCUCGGUGAGCAUCAACGUGUUUGCCGACCCCAACAUCACACCGGACAGGACGCCGGAAAGCAAUGCCGAUCGGCGGUACACGAACAUGACUACCUUCACGCAGAUGCUGGACAGCGCCGGGUUGGACGGCGUGGCGCGGGGUGACCCCUAUCUGCCGUACCAGCCAGAAAGCGAGCAGGGGACUCCGAUGCCGAAGAGAUGAUGCUCCUUGAGGGAGCAUGGUCAGGGCCAGAGAUGGCUAUCGAACUGAUGCCGGAGCACGUUGUUUCUUAGUUGCUCAUUUUCACUUGAUGGAUUUAGCGAAGGUGGGGAUGAAUUUGGUUUUAGCAAGGCGUUAUGUUGGGAAACGAGAUGCACACUCAUUACGAGGCAUUUACAUCGGCAUCAGCAUCGUCCAUCGUCUGGGGGACUUAUAGAAGGAUAGGACAUUAUACCCCUGGGGAUUUAGACUGCCAGACUUUUACUAAGCUGUAGAUAUUUUACAUU